AUGACCAGAUACUUCUCCAGAUUGCAUCAUACAGUGUUAAAACGCUCACUAGCCAUUAAUCGUUCUCUAAGCUCGUUCCGAACUCAUUCGUGCGGAGAGCUUCGUCAAGAGUUUCAUGAAGGUCAGCGCGUGACUUUGAGUGGAUGGGUGGAUGCAAUUCGCACGUUUGGUCCCGUAUCAUUUCUGUCUCUCCGUGACCGUGAUGGUGUCACGCAACUUGUGUUGGAGACGGAUUUUCUUCAAAAGGCGGAUGAUGUGGUGUGUAAUAUCCGUCCUGAAUCAGUCGUGCAGGCUUCAGGUGUUGUGCGAGCUCGGCCUACCAAUAUGCGAAACGAUAAGAUGGCUACAGGAGCUGUGGAAGUCGUUGUGGACGAAAUGACCGAAUUAAAUUCGUGUGUGAGUUUGCCGAUUCAAGUAUCUACUGGAUCUGAAGUGGCGAAUGAAGACACGAGACUACGAUACCGAUAUUUGGAUUUGCGUCGUCCUGCGUUGCAGCAGAAUCUCGUGGUGCGGUCGCACAUUUCGUUGGCUGCACGCAACUUUUUGUGCUCCGAAGGAUUUCUAGAAAUUGAAACACCGACGUUGUUUAAAAGCACUCCAGAAGGCGCGCGGGAGUUUCUUGUUCCCACACGCACUGAAGGGAUGUUUUACGCGCUGACGCAAAGUCCACAGCAGUACAAGCAGUUAUUGAUGGUUGGGGGUCUGGAUAGGUACUUCCAACUCGCAAGGUGCUACCGUGACGAAGGCGGGCGUGCUGACCGUCAGCCAGAAUUCACGCAGAUUGAUUUGGAGAUGUCUUUUGUUACCCGUGAGGACAUUAUGCACUUGGUGGAGCGCCUGGUGAAAGAGAUUUGGAAGGCGGCGGGCAAGGAGCUGCGCGAUCGUCCAUUUGUCCGUAUGACCUUUGACGAGGCGAUGCACCGCUUUGGUGUAGACAAGCCCGACACGCGUUACGGUAUUGAACUUCAGGAUGUCGGUGACUUGCUGGAAGGAUGCGAGUUUGUUCCAUUGAAUACGGUGUUUGCAAAAAGCCGUUAUAACAAGCGUGGGGUGAUUCGCGCCAUUAAUGCGAAAAAUCUUGCACGUAGUGCAUUAUCACGCAAGGAGAUUAAUGAGCUGGAGAUGGUAGCCAAGCGUGCAUCCAGCACCGCGGUCGCGUUUGUGGUGAAGGUGGAGGCUGAAAAGCAGUGGAAGUCUUCGCUGAGAAAGAAGCUGUCUGCUCUCGAAAUGGAUCAGCUUAACGAUCGGCUUGGUGCUGAAGAGGGUGAUGUUCUCAUUUUUGCAGCCGGUUCGUAUCGCGACGUAAACACAUUGCUUGGGCGCCUGCGGACGCACACCUCACGAUUGCUGUAUGCGAAGGGCUAUUUGCAGGCUGAACUAGAUCCAGAUAACUUCCAUCAUUUGUGGGUGAUUGAUUUUCCGAUGUUUGAACGUAGUGAAGAUGACAAUGAGAACAUCCCUGCAAGUGAAGAUAAGAUUUCACUGUCGGCGACACACCAUCCCUUUACCGCCCCUCGUGCUGACCACGCAGUGCUUUUGGAUGACAUUUUAGCUGCAACAGCAAGAGAUGACAAGAAGAGGUUGCUUGAAGACCCAGAGAUUGUUGAGAAGCUGUUGGAACUCACUGCCCAGCACUACGAUAUUGUGUGCAACGGCUGGGAGCUGGGCGGAGGGUCCAUUCGUAUUCACCAAGCCAAGCUGCAACAAGCUGUAUUUGAAGAUGUACUAGAGCUACCGACGCUGCAGCGCCGGAGUUUUGAGCAUCUGCUGCAGGCCCUGAGUCAUGGCGCCCCGCCUCACGGUGGGAUCGCGUUGGGUCUGGACCGCCUCGUUGCGAUCUUGUGCGGAGCAUCAAGUUUGCGUGACGUGAUUGCGUUUCCGAAGUCGUCUACGGGCAAUGAGCUAAUGACUAACGCACCGGGACCCGUGCUAGUUGAACAGCUUGAAGCGUAUCAUAUCCAAGUACAUCAUGAUGAAAAGUAG